GGCAUGGCUUCGCAGCGGCUGCCCCAAAACAAUGGUCUGUGGCAUCAGCCCAACUACCACACGGCCAGGCUUGCAGACAACCGAGAGCCCGAUCGACCGCGGAGUCGUCCCCAGUUCCUUGUAGCCAUGUCAUUCCGCCACUCCGCCAACUGGCGAAACCAGGCCGCUGGGAAAGGCUUCGACGACACAGCAUCCGCCAGAUGCAUCGUUGACGCCUCGCAAGCCCUUCCACGAUGCGUUUCCAUCGUGCAGCAGCUGUCACGCAAAGCCGCCGGCGCCUUGUGCUUCCGCAGAGGCUGGAGGCUGGACGCCGCUGCCUGCGACACACACUGCAGCGACGGAGAUUCCAAGACCCAAAAGACGGCACCAGACGCGCGCAAAAUGGACCGAAUAUGCACUUCCACGUGGAGAUCCACCCAUCUAGGCAGAAUGUACGACGACGGUGCGCCGGGUCUGGCGUCAGAGAGAUUGAGUUGAGCAGGGUAUCGAAUGCUCUGCUUAUUGCACCAUGCCUGUUCAGAGGCACACGUGCCGCAGGCAAUAUAGCAAAAGGUCUAAUUUUAGCCCGACAAUUCACCCUUCAAGUGGCCCA